CAUCCUACCUUCAUCUUCCGGGAUCAAAAACACCAAACUCCCCCAAACAACAUAGAAAAGAGAACCCAUCUUUUUGCUUUUUUUGUCUUCCUUUAUCCAUUUCCAAGCUUAUUAAUUUCUUCCAUGGUAUCAAAUUUCUAAUAAAACCCAUCUUCAAAAGCCUAUUUUAAAUUUCUUUCUUUUAUUUUUUUUCUUUAAUCUAUAGAUUUUUUGUUAACUCUAGAUGUUAGCCAUGGAGAUAGCCCUCACGAGCACCACCCCACUAAGUACCACACCGAAAUCACCAGAGCCGGAGAGUGAAACACCAACUCAGAUCCAACCGACCAAGCCCAUAUCUUUCACCAACGGUGUUCUGAAGCGUCACCAGCCUCACCACCACCACCAUCAUCACCCCCACGCUUCACCCAUCGUCAUAACCUACAAAGAAUGUCUCAAGAACCAUGCAGCCACUUUGGGAGGGCUUGCUCUGGAUGGGUGUGGUGAAUUCAUGCCUUCCCCAACAGCCACCCCAACCGACCCAACUUCCCUCAAAUGUGCUGCUUGUGGCUGUCACCGCAACUUCCACCGCCGGGAACCUGAUGACCCACUCCCCACAACAGCCUCGGCUACGAUAGAAUACCAGUCUCACCACCGCCACCAUCCACCACCUCCUGCAAGUCAGCCACAUCGUAGUCCAAACUCAGCUUCCCCACCACCAAUCUCAUCGUCUUACUACCCUUCAGCUCCUCACAUGCUUUUAGCCCUUUCAGGAGCUCUCACUGGUGCAUUAGACAAUACUCACAAUAACUCUUAUUUACCAGCUGUUGCUGGAGCCCUUACCCCAAACACCACAAAUCUUGGUUCGAACUCGAAGAAAAGAUUCAGAACGAAGUUCACUCAGUUGCAGAAAGAUAAGAUGCUGGAGUUUUCGGAGAGAGUUGGGUGGAAGAUGCAGAAAAGAGAUGAAGAACUCAUUCAAGAGUUAUGUAAUGAAGUUGGGGUUGAUAGAGGGGUGUUAAAAGUUUGGAUGCAUAACAAUAAGAACACUUUUGGGAAGAAAGAUCAAGCCAAUGGAGGAGGAGGAGGAGGAAGUGGAGGGACUGGAAGUAGGAAUAAUGGGAGUGGGAAUAGCAACAACAAUCUUGAUAGUGGACUCACCCAUGAAGACAAAAACAAUGAAACUCAUGGGGACCUCAAAAACCAUGGUCAGAAUCAGAACAAUCAGUUUGAAACAGAUAGUGUUGCUCAUGUUCAUAUUAAUGGCUCUUCUUCUUCCUCCUGAUGUUGAUGAUCAGCUCCAUCUUUUCUUUCUCUUGGGGAGAUAAUAAGCUGUUAGAUAUUGAUUCAAUUAAUGAUAAUCACUUUGUUGAGGAUACAGCAUGGGAAGAUCUGCUUUAAUCCAAAAGGGAAUUUAUCUUCUUUUAUAGUGGUAAUAUUUUCUCUUUCCUUCACCAUUCUUUCAAAUCAAUUAUGGUUUUUUGGGAUCAUAAACUUCCAUGGUUUCUGUUUCCAGGGAGUGAAAACAAAAAAUUUUAAACCUUUGAAUCUGUAAUGUUUCCUUAGACAGAGUUAAAGAGUGAGAUAAACAGAGGGAGGAGAGAGAAAUAGCUUCCAUAUUAUCUUCUGUCCAAGAGGAAGAAGUAGAAAGUGUUAUAAAACUUGUAUCAGAUUAUUUUAACAUAUCCCAUUAGCUUUAUACUAAUACUUUUUAUGCAUAUAAUAAGCUGAUAUGAGAAGAUUUUUAUAGUUUAUUAGCUUAUUGAGAGCAUAUUAUUUUUAGUAUCUUCUCAAUCAUCAGCUGCACUUUUCUUCAUCAUCCCAA